GGGGGAGCCGCUCGCCACGAGCGGUGUAAAUGAGCAAAGAUGGAUCAGGAAGGUGGGGGAGAUGGGCAGAAAGCCCCGAGCUUCCAGUGGCGGAACUACAAGCUCAUCGUGGAUCCUGCCUUAGACCCUGCCUUGCGCAGGCCUUCUCAAAAGGUGUACCGCUACGAUGGAGUCCACUUCAGUGUCAACGACUCGAAGUAUAUACCAGUGGAAGACCUCCAAGAUCCCCGUUGCCACGUCAGGUCCAAAAACAGAGACUUUUCCCUCCCAGUCCCUAAGUUUAAGCUCGAUGAGUUCUAUAUCGGACAGAUCCCACUGAAGGAAGUGACUUUCGCGAGGCUGAAUGACAAUGUGCGGGAGACCUUCCUGAAGGAUAUGUGCCGAAAGUACGGUGAGGUGGAAGAGGUAGAGAUCCUUCUUCACCCCCGUACUCGCAAGCACCUGGGCCUGGCCCGCGUGCUCUUCACUAGCACUCGGGGAGCCAAGGAAACAGUCAAAAACCUCCACCUUACCUCCGUCAUGGGCAACAUCAUCCAUGCCCAGCUCGACAUCAAAGGACAACAGCGAAUGAAGUACUAUGAACUGAUAGUCAACGGCUCCUACACCCCUCAGACAGUGCCCACAGGGGGCAAGGCCCUGAGUGAGAAGUUCCAGGGCUCUGGUGCAGCUGCUGAGGCAACUGAAUCCCGCCGCCGCUCCUCCUCUGACACGGCUGCCUACCCGGCAGGCACCACUGGUGUGGGCACACCUGGCAAUGGAACCCCUUGCUCCCAGGACACAAGCUUUUCCAGCAGCCGACAAGACACCCCAUCUUCCUUUGGCCAAUUCACCCCUCAGUCCUCCCAAGGAACCCCUUACACAUCUCGGGGCAGCACCCCCUACUCUCAGGACUCUGCCUACUCCAGCAGCACCACUUCAACCUCCUUCAAGCCCCGGCGCUCGGAGAACAGCUACCAGGAUUCCUUCUCCCGCCGCCAUUUCUCCGCAUCUUCAGCCCCCACGACCACCUCCACCGCUGUCUCCUCCACGACUGUAGCCACUGCCUCGUCCUCGUCCUCCUCCUCCUCCUCCUCCUCCUCCUCGUUGUCCUCGUCCUCUUCGUCCUCCUCUUCGUCCUCCUCCUCUCAUUUUCGUGGGACUGACUCUAACUACCCAGCGUAUUAUGAGAGCUGGAACCGCUACCAACGCCAUGCUUCCUACCCUCCCCGCCGGGCGACUCGGGAGGAGCCCCCUGGGGCAUCUUUUGCUGAAAACGCAGCUGAGCGCUUCCCGCCUUCCUACACCUCCUACUUGCCCCCUGAGCCCAGCCGGCCUGCUGACCAGGACUACCGGCCUCCUGCCUCAGAAGCUCCACCCCCGGAGCCCCCAGAACCGGGUGGAGGCGGGGGUGGGGGGGGGCCCAGCCCUGAGAGAGAAGAAGCUCGGACCUCCCCCCGCCCAGCUUCACCUGCCCGCUCCGGCUCUCCGGCCCCAGAGACCACCAAUGAGAGUGUGCCCUUCGCUCAACAUAGCAGCCUGGAUUCCCGCAUUGAGAUGUUGCUGAAGGAGCAGCGCUCCAAGUUUUCGUUCCUGGCCUCUGACACGGAGGAGGAGGAAGAGAACAGCACCACAGGCCCUGGGUCUAGAGACGCAGGGAGCGAGGUGCCUUCUGGGUCAGGUCACGGACCCUGCACGCCCCCUCCAGCCCCAGCUAAUUUUGAGGAUGUGGCACCUACAGGGAGUGGGGAACCAGGGGCUACCCGGGAGUCUCCCAAGGCCAACGGACAGAACCAGGCUUCUCCAUGCUCUUCUGGAGAGGACAUGGAGAUCUCCGACGAUGACAGGGGCGGCUCACCCCCUCCAGCCCCAACACCCCCCCCCCCCCCCCCCCCCCCCCCUCCCCCGCCCCCUCCUCCCCCCCCCCCCCUCGCUCCCCUGCCCCUUGGUCAUCCUCCCCCCCAGCCUGCCUACCUCCUUCCACCGCGCCCUGAUGGGCCACCACCCCCUGAGUACCCCCCACCUCCUCCGCCACCCCCCCACAUUUAUGACUUUGUGAACUCCCUAGAGCUCAUGGAUCGACUUGGGGCUCAGUGGGGAGGGAUGCCCAUGUCCUUCCAGAUGCAGACCCAGAUGUUAACUCGGCUUCACCAGCUGCGGCAGGGCAAGGGAUUGACUGCUGCCUCAGCUGGUCCCCCCGGUGGAGCCUUUGGGGAGGCCUUCCUCCCAUUCCCACCCCCCCAAGAGGCAGCCUAUGGCUUACCCUAUGCUCUGUACACACAAGGGCAAGAAGGCCGAGGGGCCUACUCCCGGGAGGCCUACCACCUGCCUUUGCCCAUGGCAGCCGAGCCCCUGCCCUCCUCCUCAAUCUCGGGAGAAGAGGCCCGGCUACCUCCCAGGGAGGAGGCAGAGCUGGCAGAGGGCAAGGCCCUACCAUCAGCAGGCACCGUGGGACGGGUGUUGGCCACCCUCGUCCAAGAGAUGAAGAGCAUCAUGCAGCGAGACCUCAACCGCAAGAUGGUGGAGAACGUGGCCUUUGGAGCCUUUGACCAGUGGUGGGAGAGCAAAGAAGAGAAGGCCAAGCCAUUCCAGAACGCAGCCAAACAGCAAGCCAAGGAGGAGGAUAAAGAGAAGACAAAACUCAAAGAGCCGGGCCUGCUGUCCCUCGUAGACUGGGCCAAGAGUGGGGGGACCACGGGCAUCGAGGCCUUCGCCUUUGGGUCAGGGCUGCGAGGGGCCCUGCGGCUGCCUUCUUUCAAGGUGAAGCGGAAAGAGCCUUCAGAAAUUUCAGAGGCCAGUGAGGAAAAGAGGCCCCGUCCUUCCACUCCAGCUGAGGAAGAUGAAGAUGACCCUGAGCGGGACAAGGAGGGCGGAGAGCCUGGACGUGCGGGGACCAAGCCCCCAAAGCGAGACGAAGAGCGAAGCAAGACCCAGGGCAAGCACCGCAAGUCCUUUGCUCUGGACAGUGAGGGGGAGGAGGCAUCCCAGGAGUCCUCCUCAGAGAAGGAGGAGGAGGAGGAUGAGGAAGAUGAAGAAGAUGAAGAACGUGAGGAAGCCAUGGACACUGCAAAGAAGGAGACCGAGGCGUCAGAUGGCGAGGACGGGGAAAGCGAUUCGUCCUCCAAAUGUUCUCUGUAUGCUGACUCAGAUGGUGAAAAUGAUAGCACGUCGGACUCCGAGAGCAGCAGCUCAUCCAGCUCCUCAUCUUCUUCAUCUUCCUCCUCCUCGUCCUCAUCAUCCUCCUCAUCAUCUGAGUCCUCCUCAGAAGAGGAAGAGGAAGAGGAGCAGCCAGCAGCCGUACCCCCAGCAUCACCUCCCCCCCGAGAUGUCACCGCGCCCCCGCCAGCACCCGUGGAAGAGGCCGAGCCAGAGCCGGUUGCGGGCUCCCCAGCCACGCCUCUCCCUGAACAGGAAAAGUCUCCAGCAAGACCUGCAGGUUCCACUGAGGAGCCGCCUCCCAGUGUGCCCCAGCCGCCCGCUGAGCCGCCGGUGGGGCCUGUGGCCCCCGCCCCCCCGCCCCAUGAGCGCCCCCCCCCUCCUAUCCCCCCCCUGCCCCCACCCAAGAAACGCCGGAAAACUGUCUCCUUCUCUGCCCUGGAGGAGGUGGCGGCACCAGAGCCGCCCCCAGCCGCCCCUCCGCAGAUCAAGUCUCCUGGCCCCGUUGCCCGCAAAGCCCCCCGGGCUGUGGAGCGGACCAUUCGAAACCUACCCCUGGACCAUGCGUCUCUGGUUAAGAGUUGGCCUGAGGAGGUGUCCCGAGGAGGUCGCAGCCGGCCUGGAGGCCGCGGCCGCUCUGCUGAGGAGGAGGAAGCUGAGCCAGGGACAGAAGUGGACCUGGCGGUGCUGGCUGACCUGGCCCUGACCCCAGCCCGUCGCGACGACUCGGAGGCCACAGAGACGUUGGACGAGGCCGAGCGCGCGGGCCCCCUGCUCAACCACAUCCUCCUGGAGCACAACUACGCCUUGGCCGUCAAGCCGCCGCCUUCCACACCGGCCCCUCGGCCCCUGGAGCCGGUUCCUGCCCCCGCCGCCCUCUUCAGCUCCCCAGCGGAUGAGGUCCUGGAGGCCCCCGAGGUGGUGGUGGCCGAGGCAGAGGAGCCGAAGCAGCCGCAGCCGCAGCGGCAGCCGCCGCAGGAGGAGCGGGGGGAGGAGGAGGAGGAGGAGGAGGAGGAGUCCGAGUCCUCAGAGAGCAGUGGCAGCAGCAGCAGUGACGGGGGGGGCGCCGUGCGGAGGCGAAGCCUCCGCUCCCAUGCCCGGCACAGGCGGCCCCCCCCGCCCCCUCCACCCCCUCCGCCCCCCACCUUCGAGCCCCGCAGUGAGUUUGAGCAGAUGACCAUCUUGUAUGACAUUUGGAACUCGGGCCUGGACUUGGAGGACAUGGGCUACCUGCGGCUCACGUACGAGCGGCUGUUGCAGCAGACAAGCGGGGCUGACUGGCUUAACGACACCCACUGGGUCCAUCACACCAUCACCAACCUGAGCACUCCAAAACGCAAGCGGCGGCCCCAGGACGGGCCCCGUGAGCACCAGACAGGCUCAGCCCGCAGUGAAGGCUAUUAUCCCAUCAGCAAGAAGGAAAAGGACAGGUACCUGGAUGUGUGCCCUGUUUCGGCCCGGCAGCUGGAAGGAGCGGACACUCAGGGGACUAACCGUGUGCUUUCGGAGCGCCGGUCUGAGCAACGGCGGCUGCUGAGCGCCAUUGGCACCUCUGCCAUCAUGGACAGUGAUCUGCUGAAGCUGAACCAGCUCAAGUUCCGGAAGAAGAAGCUCCGGUUCGGCCGCAGCCGGAUCCAUGAGUGGGGUCUGUUUGCCAUGGAGCCCAUUGCAGCCGACGAGAUGGUCAUCGAAUACGUGGGUCAGAACAUCCGCCAGAUGGUGGCCGACAUGCGGGAGAAGCGCUACGUGCAGGAGGGCAUCGGCAGCAGCUACCUGUUCCGGGUGGACCACGACACCAUCAUUGAUGCUACCAAGUGCGGCAAUCUGGCGAGGUUCAUCAACCACUGCUGCACGCCCAACUGCUAUGCCAAGGUGAUCACCAUCGAGUCCCAGAAGAAGAUUGUGAUUUACUCCAAGCAGCCCAUCGGUGUGGAUGAGGAGAUCACGUACGACUACAAGUUCCCGCUGGAGGACAACAAGAUCCCGUGUCUGUGCGGCACCGAGAGCUGCCGAGGCUCCCUCAACUGAGGGGCAGGACGGGUGCCCGUGCCCCUAUUUAUUCCCCUUGGGGCUCCGCAGGCCUCACCUGCCCCGAGCCCAGUGAGGGAGCCUCAGUUCCUUGAGGCAACGUCUGCCUGCCCCGUCGCCCCUGCCCACCCACCCCCUAACUUUUUUUCUUUGCGGAGAAGAAGCUGUAAAUGUUUUGUAGCUGCCAGCAGCUGUUUCCUGUGGAAACCUGGGGUGCCGGCCUGUACAGAUCCUGUUCUUGGGGGGCUGCUAGCCCCUUUGCUUUGUGUUAAUGGGGACUUCCCCUUUGUGCCCUGCGUGCACCCCUCCCCAGUUUAGGGGUCUCUAGGGGCAGUGGCCAUGUUCUCCCCCUGGGGGGGGGGCCCUGUGCCCCCAGUCCUAGGGACUCCGUGCCUGGAACCCUGCCUCAUCUUCUGUUCCUGCCAGACCCUGUGGGUCACCCUCCCACCCUGGCGUCUGGAAGCUCCUGUUCCGGCAGGCCAGGAUGGUGGGGGGUGGGCCCUUCCUGUUGGGCUGGAUUGUACAUAUGUUAAUAGCGCAAACCCAACGCCACAUUUUUAUAAUUGUGAUUAAACUUUAUUGUACAAAAGUGC